CCACAAAAAAAGGAAGCCAUGAACUUUCAGGGCGGUCGGAGGCGAGGAGAGGAUGGCAUCGCCAUGGUGAUUGACUUCCUGCUGUCUAAUGCCCGACUGGUUCUGGGAGUCGGAGGGGCCGCUAUGCUAGGGAUCGCUACAUUGGCGGUGAAGCGGCUGAUAGAGCGUGCAGGACGUGCAGCGGAUGAUGAGAAGGUGGAGCAGAAGAUGGCCGAGAGCUGGGAGGAGUUGAGUUUGGUCUCUGCUUCCCCCACGCUGAUCAAGAAGGGCAUUGAGGGCGUGGUGAUGAAACAUGUUGCCAAGGCAGCCAGACAGCAGAAAG